AUGCCUCUUCCCGUUUUGGUCAACCUGGUAGCUAAAUAUUAUCCGAAGCAGUACUUCGUACAUAUCGGCAUUGUUUUGAUUAUCAUCUUCGUUAUCCGUGCCUAUGCUCAAGGACGGACUACAAAUAGAGAUCGUGACCUUCAUGGACGGGUCAUCCUCUUGACCGGUGGUUUCACGCCCUUCGGUUCGAGGCUUUUGGAAGAGCUAGCACGAAGAGGGGCGCACAUUAUCACUCUUACCCAUUUGCCAGUUGAAUCGCCCGAGGUCACCUUGAUCGUUGAGGCAGUCCGAGAAACAACGAAAAACGAACAAAUAUUCGUUGAGCAAUGCGACAUCCUCUCUCUUCCAUUUACUCGGGAGUUCUGCACGAAAUUCCUUACGGGAAAGGAAACCCGACUUGACGCAAUCGUCUUCGCACACGAAUACGGACACGUGGGCCCCCUCUUUUUGUCAAAGGAGGAAAGACUUGCAUGUGAAGAGAGACGAUCCGCUGCAAGCGAUAGCACAUUCUUGAUGAUAACCUUGCUCCUUCCGACCCUGCUUGUCGCACCAGCAGAAAGAGACAUCCGAAUUAUCAACGUCGUCAAUCCAUUUUAUGCUGCCGCUGUACCAAAGUUCCCAACCGCACCACCGAUUGAAGGGUCGCAACUUCUACGUGAAAGUUUUCGUGCGCUUCGUGGCGUAGUGCUCAUGCGACAUCUUCAACGCGUACUGGAUGCACUUCCUCAGGCUCCAUCUCCUAACCCCGACACGGCCGCUGAUGCGGCUGCAAGCAAUAAAAGACAAAAGUCCAACAUUGUUGCUGUUUCCGUCUCUCCAGGAUUCAGUCGACAGGACACUGUGGCUCCACUUCUGCGAGCCCAGCUGGCUACGUCUGAAUCUUCGAUCCUCGGAUUCUUAACGUACUUCUUACUUCAGCCACUUCUUCGCAUUUUCGCAAAGGCGCCCUCACAUGCGGUGCAAUCCGUACUGCAUGCACUCUUUCUCCCAACUCCAUUCAAAUUCGCAUCUAUACCUGCUAAGGAGAAUCAGGAUAGUGCAGAUAACCAUCCAUCCGAGGAAGCAUUGAAGCCGGGUGCUUUGUAUGCUGAUUGUUCUAUCGUUGGCAUCGACCUUCGGAAUCGUGAUCAGAUCCCUGACGACGAAAAGGAGGCUGCUAGUAAAGCAAAGAUUGUCGAUGAUGGGGAGUAUGGCGGCGAGGCUUUGGGGAGGUUUGUCUGGGAAAGCUUCGAAGAGAGUUUGAAGGCUAGAGAGGCAGGAACCUCUAAUGCCGCUUCAACCUCAUCCGCGGACAAGAAGACCACGUAA